AUGUCCCUUGCUGUCCAGGGCAGACGGCGCCAGCCGCAGGAGCUACUCCUCGCUGAUGGCAAAAGGAUCAUCGUGACCCUUCCUGAGGACCUCGAGGACGUUCGCCGCAAAUACCUAAACGACGAUGAUGCGCAAGUGGAGGUGGUCGUUCACGGUUCCCUAAAGCACAGCCAAUACCUUCGGCAAUCCCGGGAUCAUCACGAACAGCGCCGGCAGCUUUUGCGGGAACAACACGGGCCUGCCUUUGACGAAUGGGAGCUUGUUCAUAGUCAGCUCUCGUCAGUAAAUACAGAGCUGGAGCGCCUGGAGAACCAAGCAUCCGGGCUCUAUGGCAACUUCAGCAAGUUUGGCUACGACGCUGCCGUGCGGACCUACAGUGAUGAAGAUCCGCCUGUUGCGUCUUCGCACACAUCAAUAUCUGACAAAGCCCGAGGGCAGCAGGGCCAGGAGGGAGAGCGUCACGGAGGAACUACCAAGCUGUUCAAGCGCCCAGUUGUAAGGCAGUGGUUCCAUCAGGGUGUGCUAUGGAGAGCGUCGGAGCAGACAGAAGUCAUGGCCAUUGAGCUGUUCCUGGAUCUCGUGUACGUAACCGCAGCACCAGUUGGCAUCAUUCAUUCCAACGGCGAGCACAUGGCGGAAGAAGCAACAGCACACGAACUCCUUCGCUUCGUCAUCACAUUCGUCAUGACCUGGAAGAUAUGGACCGACAUCACUCUGACGCUCAGCUGGUUCGAGACGGACGACGUGGUCACCAGGCUGGAGAUUCUGUUUUGCAUGUCCUGUCUCAUUGGAUUUACCACGAACAUGACCCAUAUCUUUGUCCACGAUGCAGCACAAAACACCUAUGUGCAGCUUGUGUCCUUCUACCUCGCCACCCGCAUCGCCACCGCAGUGUUUUAUGCCACUGCUGCCUGUCUUCUGCCCAUGAUUAAGGGCCCCAUGGUCUUCCAGAUAAUGGGCAUCGUCACCCCAACAGCUCUAUGGAUCGCCAGCAUCUACGUUGACAUGCCCGAUCGUCUGGGGCUCAUCAUUCCGGCAUUGGCUCUUGACUUGUACGGCCAAGUCUUCUACAUCAGGCUAUUCAAGUACGGCCAAGGUCAGGUGCCCGAGGGUAGAUGGAAACAGCGGCUCGGUCGCAUGUUUGAGUUUUAUCCCGCCAUGAGCAUCGAGCACCGAGUCGAAAGGAUGAAUGCAUUCGUGUCGCUGGUUCUCGGCUAUUCGGUUGUCGCCAUCCUGUUCCAGAGCAAUGGUGGCUACAAUAUCAAUGCUUUUCUAGGGAAAGCCCUACUGGCACUGAUGCAGGCGUUUACGUUCAACUGGAUCUACUUUGAUAUCGAUGGCAGCGGCCUCAAGGUGCAUGCCAUUCGGCGUUCUGGAAUCUCCGCCGGUCUCUGGGACAUUGCUCAUCUGCCGUUCAUCAUGGGCUACAUCGUCGCCACGGCAGCCCUCUCGAGGCUCGUCUUAGCCACCGACGUGCCAAACACCAAUCCAGAGCAACUCGCAGAGUCUUACCGGGACAACGCUGGGGACCAUUUCAACGCCGGCGUCCGUUUCUUCUACUGCCACGGCCUGGCCAUUGCCCUUCUGUCCAUGGCAGCCAUCUCGUUCUCUCACGAGCACAAGAAGCCGCCAACGCUCCGGCUGCACAAGAACGUCCGGCUCGCCAAUCGCAUCGCCGCCUGCCUUGUCAUGUUCUUCCUACCAAUGGUGCACUCGCUUCGAUCUCUUGAUCUAAUUUCCAUUACGUUGGGCUUGUCGAUAUGGGUGCUUGUCGUGGAGCUUUGGGGAAAGUCGCGUACCGAUGACCCCUUCAUUGGCGAAAAGGACGGCUGUUCCAUUACGUACCAUGCGAACAAGAAGAUGAAUGCCCCAGAUGAGAAACAAAUGAGCGGCGGGGCGUUGGAAUCGGGCAGAGGAGAAGAGUCUGCUGUUUAG